AGAGGGGAGGAGGUCUUGCAUGGAACAGGCCGGUGGGGACGACGGGUCCUUUUCCUCGCAAAGAGCAGCUGUGUGCGCGGUCAUGGGUUAAAGUGGCCCCAAGGAGCGACGACUCCACACCUGUCCUCGUGGGGAGGGACGGCCACUUCAGUCCUGAAACACCAUGAAGCGUCCAGAACCCGCGGGUGUCCGCGCGCCACGGUGACAGCCAUGGAGCACUUUUUCCGGAGAAAGCGGGGCGGUCUGCUCAAGUCCCUGCUGAGCCUGUCUCUGGUCUUCGCAUCUUUCCUCAUGAUCCAGAAGCUGAAGCUGUCAGAGAAGUACGCGACGGGGAUCGCGCACGCGAGGGACGCGGGCUGGUGCGGCUCGGAGUGCCUUUCGUACAAGAAGAGGGUGGUGAAGACGAGCUUCUGGAGCGCGGACACGCCGAGCAGCGAGCAGGACGCGCCGCUCGUGACCGGAGAGGCCCCGGGCGUCUGGCACGCGCAGGUGCUCAACUGCAGCGAGAACGCGUCGGUGAAGGGCCAGGAUUGGUUCCGACGCUUGGACCCGCGGUUCCACCAGUUCGUCCUGCACAGACACUGCAGGUACUUCCCCAUGCUCAUCAACCACCCGGAGAAGUGCGCGGACGGAGACGUGCACCUGCUCGUGGUGAUCAAGUCCGUCAUCGAGCAGCACGACCGGCGCGAGGCUGUGCGUCAAACCUGGGGCAAGGAGCUCACCGUGGACGGAAAGAACAUAAGAACUUUGUUCCUGCUCGGAACCCCCACGAGCGACACCAAGAACCUCCAGAAGCUGAUCGAGUACGAGGACGUGAUCUACAAGGACAUCCUGCAGUGGGACUUCAUGGACACGUUUUUCAACCUGACCCUGAAGGAGGUCAACUUCCUCAAGUGGUUCGGGAUCUUCUGCCCCGGGGUGCAGUUCAUAUUCAAAGGAGACGACGACGUGUUCGUGAACACGCGCAACCUGCUGGAGCUCAUCCGCUUCAAGGUGGAGGAGCGCGCAGAGGCCGACCUGUUCGUGGGGGACACCAUCACCAAGGCCAUCCCCAUCCGCAACCGGCAGAGCAAGUACUACAUCCCCAAGGAGCUGUACGACGAGCCGUACCCAGCCUAUGUGGGGGGUGGGGGCUUCCUCAUGUCCUCCCAGCUGGCCAGGAGGCUGCUCGCGGCCUCGGAGGACGUGGAGCUGUACCCCAUCGACGACGUGUUCCUGGGGAUGUGCCUGAAGAAGCUCAGCGUGGCGCCCGAGAUGCACGCGGGCUUCAGGACUUUCGGGAUCACCAGGCACAAGGUGAGCCGCAUGAACACGGAGCCGUGCUUCUAUAGAAGCCUCAUCGUGGUGCACAAGCUGAGCGCGCACGAGCUGCUCCGGAUGUGGAGCGUGGUGCACAACGAGGACCUGGUGUGCGCGCAGAGAGCGUCCCUAUGAAGGCUGAACUCUGGACUUUUACAAUUAAAACUCUCCAUCCAGAUGUUGAUCCAGAUGUGCUGUUUUGAAGCACCCGUUCUCAGAUAAAAAAGGGAAUCCGAACAGUUUGGACUCCUUCUUGUUUGUCGUCUCUUUGAUUUGCCAUUUAUGUGCAAAACCACUAAAGCUUUAUUUUGUAAAAAAAAAAAAAAAAAA